AUGGAGCCCGGCGCUCGCCAUAGUGACGGCGCAGCUUCAGCCGGGAGGCUUCCCCAUACUUCGCCCCGCGCUCGCCUUUCUAAAUCGGCCCCUCGACCAAAAAGGGAUAUAGUGCAACUCACAACGCUUGAAAUCAGGAACAAGAUAGUAGAAUUGGAAGAAGGAUUAAAAAAUGUUGAUGAUGAAGGUAAUGAAUGGAAAACUCGUUAUGAAGCACAAAUUGAACUUAAUAAUCAGUUAGAAAAACAAAUAUUAAGUCUUCGAGAGAAAAUGGCAAAAGUUCAUGGGAAUCCUUCAGAUAGAUUAUCUUCUAUUCGUGUCUAUGAACGGAUGCCAUUGAAUUCUUUAAAUCAAUUACUUAAACAGCUAGAAAAAGAAAAACGAAGUCUUGAAUAUCAAGUAAAAGAGUAUGAGCUUAGACUGGAACAAGCAUCAAAGGCUUUCCAUAAGACCAACAGUGAGCGACGCGCCUAUUUAGCAGAAAUAUCUCAGUUAACAAUUUCACAAGCCUCUAAGAAACAACCUAUGGAUUCUUUGACCAACAUGAAAGAAAAUCUCCUUAAAAGAACCGGUGGUCUAACAAUAUGGUGCAAGCUCAAGGGGGUUGAGAAUUGUGAAAGGGGAAGAUGGAUUCCAGGAAACUGGAGGACAUCAGAUAUCAAGAAAGGACCAUUUAAAAAGACUGUAAGAACAAACCAUCUUCCAAAACUAAAUCCUUGA